UGCAAACAGGAAGAAGCUUUAACUGGAGAGGCAGGAAUGAAGGGCCUUCUGCUAUUGAAUUUUAUAGCACUUUCUUCUGCAUUUCCUCCAGACCACAAGGACACAAAUGGCAGACUCGAUCAACUGGCAAAGGCAUAUCUCAACCAGUUCUACUCUCUUGAAAUAGAAGGGAGUCAUCUUGUCCAAAGUAAGAACAGGAGUCUUUUAGACAGCAAACUUCGGGAAAUGCAAGCAUUUUUUGGAUUGACAGUGACCGGAGAGCUGGACUCAGACACCCUUGAGAUCAUGAAGAUGCCCAGGUGUGGGGUUCCUGAUGUGGGACAAUAUGGUUACACCCUGCCUGGGUGGAGAAAACACAACCUCACAUACAGAAUAAUGAACUACACUCCAGAUAUGACACGAGCUGAUGUGGAUGAGGCUAUUCGGAAAGCACUAGAAGUUUGGAGCAAGGUCACUCCACUGAUGUUCACCAAGAUUUCCAAGGGGGUUGCAGACAUCAUGAUAGCCUUUAGGACUGGAGUCCAUGGCUGGUGUCCUCGUCAUUUUGAUGGUCCCUUGGGAGUCCUUGGCCAUGCCUUUCCUCCUGGUUUGGGUCUAGGUGGUGAUACUCACUUUGAUGAAGAUGAAAACUGGACAGCCAAGGAUGGGGAAGGGUUCAACUUGUUUCUUGUGGCUGCUCAUGAAUUUGGUCACUCUCUGGGGCUCUCUCACUCCAAUGAUCAAACAGCCUUGAUGUUUCCCAAUUACGUCUCCCUGGACCCUAGCAAACACCCACUUUCCCAGGAUGAUAUUGACGGGAUCCAAUCCAUCUAUGGAAGUCCACCCAAGACACCCACCAAGCCAAAGAAAGCCACUGAGCCCCGUGCCUGUACAGACCCUGGCCUAGCUAUGGAUGCUAUCACUACCUUCCGCAGAGAAGUCAUGUUCUUUAAAGGCAGGCACUUAUGGAGGACCUACUCUGAUAUUGCUGAUGUGGAAUUUGAGUCAAUUGCUUCCUUCUGGCCAUCUCUGCCAGCUGACCUUCAAGCUGCCUAUGAAAGCCCCAGAGAUCAGAUUCUUGUGUUCAAAGAUGAGAACUUCUGGGUGAUCAGGGGGUAUGCUGUCUUGCCUGAUUACCCCAAAUCCAUCCACACACUCGGGUUCCCAAGACGUGUGAAGAAAAUUGAUGCAGCUGUCUGUGACCACGACACAAAAAAAACCUUCUUUUUUGUGGGCAUCUGGUGCUGGAGGUAUGAUGAGAUGGCGCAAGCCAUGGACAGAGGGUUCCCACAGAGGAUAGUGAAGCGCUUCCCAGGAAUUGGCAUCCGUGUGGACGCUGUUUUCCAGCAUAAAGGCUUCUUCUAUUUCUUCCGUGGGUCAAGGCAAUUUGAGUAUGACAUCAAGGCCAAGAAUGUCACCCGCGUGAUGAGAACCAACUCUUGGUUCCGGUGUAAAGAACCGUUCAGCUCAUCAUUCAGUGUUGACUUCAAAGAAGCGGCACAUUCCAUUGCAACAGUGGUACCGCAUCAGACAAGUGUGAACUUGUUCAUUUUCAGUACUGUUCACGUGCUGACAAAAACAUACAGUUAA